AAAAUUCCUCCUGAUAAUCUGAUCAACCUUAUCCUACAACGGUUUGGGCGUGCUGCUCGAAGCGUGCCAGCUGGGACUGCUAUCCUUUUCUUCCAACAAUCUUACCAAGGGCACCGAACUCGUGCAAAAGAUAUGCAAAAGGAGCAUCAACACCAGACUACUCAGGGAGGUUUACCCGAAGGAGAAGAUCCAGGAGACCUCAAUUCAUCUACUUCAGAUGAUGACGAUGAUGAAGAAGAGCCUUUAAUAGGAGAAGGAGCUAAAGGAUCAUCAUCUCGCGAAGACCAUUUGAGCCAAACCCCCAAAGGCCAGAAAUCGAAAGCAAGACUAUCAGAAGCAGAGAGACGUGGACUUCUCCCUAACACCAUUUACCAGCUCUGCAAUACCAAUGGUGAACGGUGGAUCCGGGAGUUAAUCAAUACACACUACGAAUGCAAAACACCAGAACGCGACCCUAUUACAUGCUGUGGAAGUUGUAACCCUGAACUCCUGUCUACUUUGGACACACAAAUCAAGACUAGCCAGGACAAGGCAAUGGCUGCAAAGAGGCUUCGACCAUUAGUUGAUUCCCUUAAACUCUUUUUUUAUAAAGAGGCGCAAAGGGAAUAUCCAACUACGGACAUUUGUUAUACACCAUAUUAGCAAUGGUUAAUAUUCCGUGAGGAACUAUCAAUACUUGCAAACACAUACAACCAGCUUCAGGAGAGCGUGCCAAAGGAACAAAAACCAGAUGGAUAUUAUAUCCUUCUUUUUGGAGAUUUGCUAGACAUUCGCAAGGCUUUACCACAAAACGAAUGGAUACGUGAGGAUGGACAUUUGAUAAGCCUAGGGAAAGCAUUGGAGAGCUAUAAACAUGCUCAGUACCAAUUAAAGGAAGAGAAACAGCGCACGAUCGAAGAUAAAAGGAGGCAGGCUUUGGCAA